UUGAUAACUGUAUAUGUACAAGCUCUGCGUCUGCUUUCUUGUCAACCCAAGUUCCAGUCUUUGGUAAUUCUUGAUUCGCGCUGAUAAAUGUACAUUUUGUUGUCAGUGGCGCCCGAGCGCCCGAGGCAGAGUUUGUGCCCAUAGAACUUGUUCAAGUCUGCCUAUUAAUCAUUACGGUUGUUCUUACUACGCUUUGUAACUUGGUGGAGAGAGGAAGUAACAAUUAAAAGAGGGGAGAAUCCAUACACAACUUUUAACUGGGCCGACUAAUUCUGUUCAGUUCCUUUGUCUGUGUCCAGGAAACUGGGAGGAAGUUGACGGGAAAGCAGAUUGGUCUACCGCUCAAGGGAACAGCGCAAGGUUCACCAGUGUAACAGUUAGUGUGACCCACAGAAAAUCGGUGGCAGCAGGAUUGCCACACAGACUCUCCGUCCGAGGACAAAGGAAUCUACUGGACGUCUUGACGGGAGUUUAUGCCACGGAUCAUAGCUUCAUUAAUUCGCCAAGGUUCACUGGUUCAUGUCGGGUUGUUACGUCACGAUUAAAUCGCCGUGUAAACUGCACAUCAAAAAAGCGGAUACAUUUCUUUUUUUCUGGAGAAUUAAGUGAUGGAAUAAUGCCAUGACCAUGAAAUUAAACCCUGAACAUGUUGGCGUCAAGAGAAAAUAUGUGGACGAUAUUGAGGGUCGUCCAGUGAAAAGAAUUUCACCUUUUCACAACACCCCUAAGGAACGAAAGGAAGAAAGGAGGAAAAUUUUAAAGAUGUCCAUUCAGAAACUGAGACAGAUGGAAGACCCUGAAUACUUCCUUACUCGGUCAGUGUUGAUAAACAACACCCUUAAAAAACUGCAACAAGAGAUACGCGAAGAAAAACAGUAUCAGGGCUACAAAAACUGCAUCUACAAAUACAGGCCUAGUUAUGGAUACGAUGUAUUAAAUAACAGUUAUCUAACAUCGGCGGAUUCCGUGUUCGAGGAUCCGUUUUCCCUUCCCGAUGAAUCGGAAAAAAUAAUCACGGACCAAUUGACUCAAAGGUUGGUGAAUGAAGGUCAGGAGGACCAAAAGAGUUCAGACUCCCCAAAGGCGGAUCCAGAAAUCUGUGCGACGGUUCUACCCGAAACUGAGUCGUUUUAUGUUAACGAGGGUGAAAGUGAUGUAGACUCUAUGUCUGUGAGUGCCCAAGUGCAGAGAUCGUGCAGCGAGAGACAGAUAUACAGUACUGAUAUAGAUGUGUUAAACAAUCUGAUUCAUGCCUUGGAAGAGACGUGACAAAUGGCAAACUGUGCAAAAUAUUUCGACAAUUUGUGUAUGUGUGUGUAAAAAGGCUCGCAAUCAUUAUUUAUGUUUCUUUCUGAGAGAGAGAGAGAGAGAGAGAGAGAGAGAGAGAGAGAGAGAGAGUUGUCAUUUAUGCUUAUUAAUGUAGUCAUAUUCACAGAAUGGUGUAUAUGUUAAGUUUAUUUAUAUGCAUUGUUUAUUGAUUAAAAGAAGUCAUGAUUCACUUUAGCUUU